AGGAGCAGAGCGCCAGUAUAUAGAGCGCCAGCCUCAGCUGCCAGCAGUCAGCUCGGGCAGGUAGCUUCACCCGACCUCAGCGGAUCACACAGCCCAAGCAGGAUGAAGCUUUCAAUUGGACUCAUCUUCUGCCUUCUGGUCCUGGGUGUUGACGGUCAAAGGUGGUUCUCAUUCAUGAAGGAAGCUGGUCAAGGGACUAGAGACAUGUGGCGAGCCUACUCUGACAUGAGAGAAGCCAAUUUCAAGAAUUCAGACAAAUAUUUCCAUGCACGGGGGAACUACGAUGCUGCCCAAAGGGGACCUGGAGGUGCCUGGGCUGCUAAAGUGAUCAGUGAUGCCAGGGAGGGUAUUCAGGGUUUCCUGGGCCGUGGAGCAGAAGACACAGCAGCGGACCAGUUUGCCAAUAGAUGGGGCAGGAGUGGCAAAGACCCCAACCACUUCCGACCUCCAGGUCUGCCCAGCAAGUACUGAGCUUCCUUUUCACUCUGCUAUCAAGAAAAUCCAGCUGUGACUCUUUAAGGACCUGGACAUUUACUGAAUUAAUUGCUUCACUUGAUGGCCUUAGUGCUUGACAUGGAACACCUAAAAAUAUUUAAUAAAUGUGAAAUCCAAUUUGUUGUUAUAAUA